GCUGCUCAUGACGUCAGCAGUACUUAGGGUGCUGGGCACUAUCUUUAGUCUCGAAAGAAAAGAAACCAAGAUGGUCCUCAUCAAAGAGUACCGUGUGGUUUUACCCUGUAGUGUUGAGGAGUAUCAAGUGGGACAGCUGUUCUCUGUAGCUGAAGCAAGUAAAAAUGAGACGGGUGGUGGUGAGGGCAUUGAGGUACUUAAGAAUGAACCUUAUGAAAAAGAUGGCGAGAAAGGACAAUACACGCACAAAAUCUACCACCUAAAAAGUAAAGUCCCAGGGUUUGUCAGGCUGUUGGCCCCUGAAGGCUCCCUGAUAUUCCAUGAAAAGGCCUGGAAUGCCUACCCCUACUGCAGAACCAUUGUUACGAAUGAGUAUAUGAAAGAUAACUUCUUCAUCAAGAUUGAGACGUGGCACAAACCAGAUCUUGGAACACAAGAAAAUGUGCACAAACUAGACAACUCCACAUGGCAGAAUGUAACUGUUGUGCCCAUUGACAUCGCAGACAGAAGUCAAGUGUCUUCUGUGGACUUCAAGCCUGAGGAGGAUCCCGCCAUUUUCAAGUCAGUUAAGACCGGCAGAGGACCUCUUGGGCCCUCCUGGAAGAAAGAGCUGGCUAGUAAGACUGAUUGCCCAAGAAUGUGUGCCUACAAACUGGUCACAGUCAAGUUCAAGUGGUGGGGCCUACAGACCAGAGUGGAGAACUUCAUCCAUGAGCAAGAGAAGAGGAUCUUUACCAACUUCCACCGCCAGCUCUUCUGUUGGAUUGAUAAGUGGGUGGAGCUCACCAUGGAUGAUAUUCGGCGGAUGGAGGCAGAGACGCAGAAGGAGCUGGAUGAGCUUCGCAAACAGGGUGAAGUAAGAGGAACCAGUGCUGCAGACGAAUGAAAAGGCAAAGGAUUUUAAACACCCACAACGACAGCAGCAAUGGAGAUGAAGAGGAUUCCUUUGGUGCCACUUUUUUACCUUAACUGAAUUAGGCUGUGGAGGAGGGAACGCUGCUCCUUGUAAUCAGUAGAGCAGAUUCCUGACUCGCACCCAAUCACAGACAUUCUAUCCGCCGAGGAAUUGAUUUCUAGAAACCAGCACGAUCCUAGCUGAUAAGACUCUGGUUAAUGUUGAUCUCCUGGGCAGAGAAAGGCCAGCUAUCAGCAUCAUGCUAUUGACAAGACCUAGCCUUGCGGAGAGAGAUGAAGAGGAGCUGCUUCCAGUAGAGAUAAAUUUUUACAAAAGCAAAUUCAUUGGCUUGAUUCUACAGUGGCAGAUGUUGGACCAAACAUUACCUCGGUAUUAUUUGGUUUUGUUUUUGUAACCCUCCAGAACAUUCCUCUUAAAACGAUGCCCUGUCUGACCUCUCUUUGUCUCCUCCUCAGUUUGAACUGUACACACUGUGGCUCAGUGGUUUGCAUUCCCUGGCAUGAGUCUGUCUGUUUGUCAUACUCAUGUUCCUUCCUGCCACAGCCUCCAUUAAGAGAUUACUAACAUCCCUGGCGCCUCUGCCUAUUGUAAUCCUUCCCUCGCCUCCCCACCUUAACCAAAGAACUGCAUCUUAUUAACACUGACAAUCAUGCCCAUACAGGUAUUCACUCUCACUCCUAUACAGAUUUAAUAGUAACCCACACGCAUACAUAGGACACACAUACAUUGCCACAUGAGGAUAAACAUGUGGACUCGCACUCACACACUCACAGGUGUGGAUGCCUUUGCGGUGACUGAUAUCUUAGCCUAAGCUGGGCAGAUCCAUGCAAGCUUGUUCAACUGAAGCACGUUACUUUGGAAGUGUUUACAGCUCUGUGUUUUGUUUUUUUUUUUUUCUUGUUCUUUUUCUCCCCCACACACUCCUCUUUUGAAGACACUCGCACAUACAAAACAUACAACAGUAUACACCGCCCUAACAGAUGUCCCCAGAGAAAAACUGCACUGAAAAACAGCUACAGAUGGUGCUACACCCCUCCAGCCUCUGUCAUAAGCUAAACUGCACAGCACUGCUUACCCCACCUAACCCAGGCCACCCUAGAGGGAUCAUCGCACUCGUCCAAGACACCUUUUCUGCUUCUUUCUAGGUGUGUUUACAUGUUAAAAGGGCCUCGUCAGUGCCUGCUCGACACCAGCACCACACACUGCUCGCCUUCAUCUCUGGACCUUUUAUACCUUUAUAUCUGUUGUACCUCUGCUCUCAGCUGUUAACCUAACUCAUUUCUGACUGGCAGUGUUCUCAACACCUAAAGGUUAGCUUUAGCUAUUAGCUGCUGCUUGUCGGGAGUAAAUCAUGACACAUAGAGCU